GCCAGUGAGCACCCGCCAGCGCGCACCUGCCGCAGCGCCGCCAACUCCGCCGCACCGCUGCACCGGUUAUUUCCGUCGCCGGCAGUUCGCGACUCUGCCACCGAGUCGCUUCAGGUCGCCUCCCCAGUGUUAAGUGUGGUCGCGCGCCCCGGAUACAGACAGUGUUGGUUUGCGACGCUGAGCGGAUCGUAACCGCUCUUUCUCCGGUAGCGAGUUCGAGUCCGUGACGGCAUGACGGACUGCAGCGGCGGCGGUGACCGGUGAGCGACGAGUGGGCCCUGAGGCUCUCUGGCUGGCUGCGACCAAUGCAAGUACUCCCCCUUGCAGACGGUGAUCAUCUGAGCGAGCGGCAGCCGUAGCCAUGGGCAGCAGCUGUUCCUCGGGCCAGGCGCACAAGGACAAGGACUCGGUGUCCACGCGCUCUGAGGACUCGCCGAGUUACCAGGCGGCGGCGAAGCGCAACCACAGCGGCGCAGGGCUCGACCCGUACGCGGUUUCUACGCCCGCCUCCGCCGCCGCCUCGGCGCAGCCCCCGGGGUCCGCCGCCACGCACUCCGGCGUCAUCCUCGAGCCAGCCAACAUCGACACGGCCAAGCUAGCGGGCGGGGACCAUUGGACCACAGGCAUCUCGACGGAGAGGAAGCUCAGCAAGGAUGGGCUGGCCAAGGUACGCGGCGUCGCCACCUCCAGCAUCUCAGCGGACUCGAUGUCGCUGUCGUCGCCGCCGGCGCAGAGCCCGCGGGACUCUGAGCGCGGCCCGCCGUCCUCGGCGGCGCCCUGCUCGGCGACGCCGUCGUCGGCGGCGCUGCAGCUGCCGCCCGAGGUGCGCCGCCUGCCUGAGGGCGCGCGCCACCUGCUGCUGGGACACGUCGCCGCCGCCAGGGUCGCCCCGCGCUGCCGCAAGAUCGCGCUCUACGUCUGCGCCGCCGACUCGCAAGACUGCUGCGUGGAGAAGGGCGCGCUGCACAACAAGGUGUACCCGGCGGUGCGCGCGCGCUGUCGGCAGCGCGGCUAUGAACUGCACGCCGUCGACCUGCACUGGAGGACGGCGCUGGAGAAGCAGCAGGACCACGAGUUCCCAGAGCUCUGUCUGGGCGAGCUGGCACGCGAGAUGCAGACGGCGUACGUGGUGCCGGUGCUGUUCCUGAGCAACUCGCUGGGCACGCCGCUGCUGCCCAACACGGUGGAGACGCAGGACUUCGAGAUGGCGCUGGAGCGCGCCGACAACAAAGAGCUGCUGCGCAAGUGGUACCGCCUCGACAGCGCCGCGCAGCCGCCCUGCUACCGCCUGCAGCCCACCGCGCUGCACAUACCCGGCUUCAAGGAGAACUGUCCAGAUGAAAAGGAGAGGGCGCUCAGUGAAUGGCGCUCUGAAAUUGAACGCACACUGGCUGUCAUGGUUAACGUCUUCCCACAAGAACUCCGAGACACAUACCUCACAACGGUUGUGGAACAAGAAGUUCACAACACUGUCUGUAUGAGCCAAGAGCUUGCACGUCGCUGCUUGUGGCUGUAUAGACUGUAUACGCACACAGGACCAACCACAGAGCCAUCGACCCCAGGUGAUGUGGAGCUUCUGCGGAGACUUGACACACUUCACAAAGAGUUAAAGACUCAGUUAAGUGAAAAACAUAUACUGCGGAUUCCAGUGCGAUGGGUAGAAGGAGGCCUCAACACUCAGUUGCCAGAGCACGCACAGUAUGUUUCAGAAGUGGUUACGCAGCUCACUACUCAUCUCAAUUCUGUAAUUGAUUCCAUCAUUGAGGAGGAUCAAUCCAAGAUGGUGCUUAAGUCCAGCUAUGGCAUCAGUGGACAGCUUUUGCAGGAGCUCAUGUUACAAACUGGUGUGUGUCAGCAAGCUGCUCAGAGCAGUGUGAACCGUGAAGCUGUGCUCAAUGAUAUUAGAAGCUACCUGACAGGUGAUUGUCGACAGCCACUGAUUCUGUCUGGAUGCCAUGGCUGCGGGAAGAGUACACUCAUGGCUCGUGCUGCUCAGUGUUGCCACACUUGGCUACCUGAAGCAGUGCUUGCAAUCAGAUUUGUGGGAGUGUCUUCCCGAAGUAGAACAGUGGAACAGCUGCUCUCUGGGAUUGCUGACCAGAUAUCUGUUGUGAGUGUGGGUCACCAGUGUUGGGCAACACAGAAUGUGAAAAGCCUCUCUGAGAAGUUACCACCUCUUUUAGCUGCAGCUUGUUUACAGCGUCCCCAGAUCAUCAUGAUAGACGGUAUAGAUCAGAUAAGAGAGUAUGGCUCCAAAACAAUAGACUGGCUUCCGCUUACUCUACCAGAGAGUGUCAAGUUGAUUGUGUCCGUAGCUGAUGACAGUCCUCUCUUCACAGAACUAAAGGAGAGGUUUGGUGCAAAGGCGCAGUAUAUAAAAAUGCCUGAUUUGGGAAAAGAAGAAGCAGAAGCUAUCCUCAUGGCAUCUGUUAUGCAAUAUAACCAUAGUGUCAAUAGCCGUGUACAUGACUGUGUUCGUUCAUCAGUGCAGAGCUGCACAUUGCCAUUGUAUGUAAAGGUGCUGGCAUGGCAGACAUCAUGGUGGUCACACACAGACCACAAUGUUGCUCCGACAGGUGAUGUCAUCAAACAGAUAAAUCAAAUGCUGGAAGAAAUAGAAAACAUUCUUGGGCAAGAUAUGGUGGAGCAUGCGUUGUCUCUCAUAACUGCUGCAAAGACUGGUGUUACAGACUCUGAGAUAUUGGACAUUCUGGCACAUGACAGCAUCUUCCAUAGCACAGCUACAUACGUUCCAUGGGCUCCAGCCUGUCUGUUCUGGGCUAGGCUCAACAAGUACAUGGGACCUUUCUUGCGGUGGUCAGCUACAGCAGACUGCAGCACUGCUCAGUGGAAUGAUGAGAUGCUUCUGCAGACAGCCGCAAAACGGUAUUCACAUAGGAGAAAGUGGGCUCAUGAGACACUAGUCCAGUAUUACCAGGGCAUUUGGUCAGAGAAGGAAAAUCCACAACUGGUUGCACAUCUUUUAACACAACCUAAUAAUAGUGAUGGAUGCUAUAAUGAUCGGAAGUUGGAGGAAUUACCAUAUCAGCUGUACAAAGUGAAAGGUUCCAUAAAGGAAGAAUUCUUAUUAAAUGAUAAAUGGCUUUAUGACAAACUGUGUGGUUCUGACGCUCAUCAGGUGCUGGAAGAUUUUGCUUUGGAAGAAUCUAACCCAGAAACAUGGGAUGUGGAGCUAGAAUUGCUGCAGCAGUGCCUACAAGAGUGUGGUUCUGCACUUCUGUAUGAUGGAAGACAAAUGUACUCACAACUGUUGUGGAGGUUGCAGAACCAAAUAACCAGUAAAGGCGAAGUUGGGAUGCCGCACCUUUCAAACCUUCUGCAGAUUUGUCGAGAUCCUCCUGUUCCAUCAUUACUUCCUGUCAGCAAUGAAGGCUUAUUGUCUGAAGAAGAAGAACAAUGUUCAGACACUUGCAUUGACUUGAUUGCACGCCUUGGAAACUGUGCAGAUUUUGUAGCCACGGUGGCUACAGAACAUGAAGAAAUUGCUGUAUGGAGUGUGAGAACAAAUAAGAAGGUACGAACACUACAAGGAGUUACUCGACCAGGGGGUCUGCGUGCCAUUGAUUGGCGGCGGGCGGUUGUCCUCUGUCGCCGAGAACUGAGAGUUUAUGAUCUAGAUGCUGGUCGUCUAAUUGUUCGUCUGAAAGGAGUCAUGAAUCAAAAAAUGCCAUUUUUUGGACUACACGAUGAUAGUCACCUAGUGGCUCUCUCUCGCAAUCGCAUGUAUGUUAAUUUGAUGGAUCUACGAACUGGGGACUGUGUGACAACAUUCAAGGCAGGAGAAGACCGCUUCCUGAACUCACUUCUGGUUUCUGGUGAUGGCAGGGUUUUAGUGUGUGGUGAUGAAACACAAAAGCCAUUUCCACUACUUGUAUGGAACCUAGCAUCAAGGAAAUUGCUUUAUGAUCUACGUAUUCCACAUCAUGAUUUCAUCACAAGUUUAGCUGCAAUAACACAUGAAGGACAUUAUGUGUGCUGUGUAGCAAAGGAAGUGGAUGAACCAUCUCCAAAUUUCAUUGUUGUGUAUGAUUUACAAAGUGGCACACUAUUCAAGAAAUGGAAGCCUGGUGUGGAUACAGUUUCACUAGAUAUAUCUUCUCGUGAUGGCUGUGUAAUCAGUGGAUUAGAAGAUGCUCGUAUUUUGGUCUGGGACCUUGUCACAGGCAAUUGUCGCUGGAAUCUUUGUGGCCACACAGCUCCUGUGACAUUCCUGCGACUUGAUCCUCUUGGUGGGUCAUUCUUAUCAGCCGACAGUAGUUGUCGUGAUCGUUCCUUACGUCUCUGGAGUCUUAGUAAAGGUGAGCUGCUGGCAGUCUACACCCCGGAGAAACCAGUGACGUCCUGUGAGGUGACAAGUGGGGGCUGUACUGUAGUGCUGGCGCUACGUGGCUGCUCCCACAUCCUUACACUACAGCUGCACGGGCCUGGUAUCCAGUCACCAACAGAUGGCGUGGUGACUUGUUACGGUGAUCCAGGACUGGAAGGGAAGGUUUUUAAUGUGGAGGAUGAAGAGAGGUGAUGCUCUGUGAACACAGUGAAAGGCAAAGACAGUGGUCUUAUAGGCAGCUGCAUUGCCGAAAAACAGUGUGGACAGUGAACUGUUAAGACAGAGAUCUGCAGUCAUGUUGAUAAUACGCUAAUCAUGGUGAGACAGUUAAAGUGCACAGCAUGGAGUGCAUGACACAGAGUUGUUAUCCUUAUUCUGAAUCGUGAAGUUUUUUUUUUUUUUAUUUUUCCUGAUGUUGUCACUUGUCUUGUGAAGCAGAUAUUAUUUGGGAUUACAUUCUUGUGAGACCACCUGGACUGUUUAAACUCAUUGCUUGAUGCAACUGAACCUUUUGUGUGUGUGUGUGUGUGUAUGUGUGUAUGUGUGUGUGUGUGUGUGUGUGUGUGUGUGUGUAUGUGUGGGCGGGCGCGCAUGCAUGUGCAUGCAUGCACACAUACAGAGAGAAUUUUAUACAUCUUCAUUAACAAUGGAGUCAUAUUAUUUGAUGGGCACAAACAUUUCAGGAAUAUGAUAUAUGUAAAUGUUCAGCUCUCGGUGACAAAUAUUUCCAUAAUUUGAUAUCUGUAACAUAACUAGCUCUUCCUGUAAUAGAAAUGUAUUUAAACUUCAUUUUCCUCUUUUGACAUUCUUUUCUGAAAUUUCUUCAUCACAGAAUUGAAAAUUUCCUCUUGACCUUCUUAAUUGGAUCUAAUUCAUCACAGAACUCAAUUCCAUUUCUCAUUAGCUUCUUCUUACAUUUUUGGAAAAGCUCAGCAGAAUGAAUCUUACAGAGUUAACUAAGAUUGGUGAAUCAGUUUGUUGGUGAAUCAGAUGCUGACCAAGAAAUAGCCAAAAUUCCUGGAGGCUGACAGACGUUAUUGUGGUGAUAUCAUAAUUUAUUUGUACCUAUACUUUCCUAUUAUUUUUUCAUAUUUUUUGGCUGCUUGCUCUGAAUUUAUCUAAAUUGUUAAACAUUUGGAAUAAUUUAAGGAAUGCUACUGAGAAUACUGGUUAUAUUUGAGCUCACAGGAACAAUGCUAUCAACUGAAUGGUUAAUAUGAACAAAGCAGAAAUCCAUAAAUAGCAAUUUUAUUGAAUGUUGUAAUAUAAGUACUAUAUUUUAUUUUUGAAAAUUGAUGAAAAAUACUGAUAUUGGUUCCACAGACACCAAAUGGAAAAUCAUUUAUGACAUGUUACAAAGGAGGAGUUUAACAGACUGGUUUUAAAGAUUAUUUAAUUCAUUCAGUGUUUCAAAUUACAAAUGACAUUGGAAAAGAAAUGAGUAUGAUCUUAUUAAUAUUAUUGUUAUUAAUAAUAAGUUAACACAUUACAGUUGUGUUUGUGUGUUGGUUCUUAUAAAAGCAACUCAAUUGCCUCAUUUUAUUUAUUGUUCUUGGAAACUUUCUGUUACACGUAAACAGUGUGAGUGAAUGUUAUCUACAAGGGUCAUUCAGUAAGUAAUGCAUCACCUUUGUCUGUGACCCCAUGUCACCUCAAUGUGAGAGCCUGUAUAUGGCCAUGCUAUCACUUUACUUCUCUAUGCCUUAGCCAAGUGUUUGCUGCAUCAGUAACUUUCCCAUCAUUGCUGUAAUGCUUCCUGUGGAGUUUUCUGAUCUCCUCUUGGCUACACAGACUUGUAUGUGGCCUUGCGUAAUCAUGGAUAAGGAGGAAUGUCUUUGAAUUUUUGGGGCAAUGAACUUGCUCUAUUCAUUUGUUCAGUGUCCUGAGAGUCUCCCUAUAGAUUUUUAGAGUUGAUCAUUUGACCAACAAACAACAGAAUAGUCCCUUCAGCCCUUUCUUUAUCAGUUGAGGGUACUGUUUUGAACUACUUCAUUGAAAGAGAUGGUGUGGAUUGCCAUUUUGUUUCAGGUUAUAAAUCAUGAACUGAUAUUUUGUCAACUGUGACUAUGUUCAACAACAGAUCUUCAUCAUCGGCCUCAUAAUGACCUGCACAUGUUCCUCCUUUCCCUUUAUGCUUUUUGAUUAGUCUCUGAGGAAGCAAGUGAGCACAAAUCUUUGAAUACACUAACAUGUGGACAAGUGUGACAGUACUACAAACAGAGAUGUCAAGCUGAGAACUCGGAUGCUUGUUCGAUAUUCAUUGAUCACCUCAAAUUAUAGUGUCUGCACAUUCUAACAUUAUAGCUGUCCUGUAGAUGAGAAACCAGACAAAUUUAUUCUCCUUUUUGUGUUUACAACAAAUGCUUUGUCCAGCAACUUACCGAGGUUUUAGAAAGAGGCCAUUAUCUGAAAAAAAUUCUUUAAAUGCUUGUGAACUUUUGUGAUGGACUGGUUACCACCAAAGACAUUCAGUGACUUCUCUUUGUUUGCAAUGCAUCUCAAUUGUGGACACCAUUUUAACCAGGAUUGAUCAAUAAACAAUAUGUAUUGCAUUACUUAUUGAAUGCCCCUUACACCAUUUUAAAUUUUUAUGACUGGGAGCAGCAACAUUUCUUGGAUGUCAUAUCAAGGUAACACUGCAAGUUAAUUUGUGGAAUUUAAAGAUUAAAAACAGUCUCGAUCACAACCUUUUAUUUUUGCUCUGAGCUGGCAGAGUUGGUGGUCAUGUGUGUGUGGGGCAUGCUUUCUUGUGUGUAUGAAUGGUGUGUGUUUCUUUGUUUCUCUUUUGCAGAUGAAGGCUGUGGCUGAAAGUUUUGUGUAAGUGUCUUUUAAAAAUAAAAAGUUGCAUCAAGACUGUUUUUAAUCUUUAAAUUUUAAUUUUAGUGAUUGCUGAAAAUGUUUUCAAAAAUUUUAAUUAGUGGAAAUGCAUAAACUGUAAAGACUGCAGUGAUAUAGCCAGAUUUACAAAUGAAGGUGGAUGAGCUUAGUUUUCAAUAACCAAGAAUUGAUAGUUUACUUUGUGAGGACUCUAUUUAGAAGGAUGUUGGCAAUGCAAAUUUUAAAAUUGUCUUCCAAUUGUUUAGUGAAUUAUUUUCCAUAAAAGUGCUGGAAUUGUUCCAAAUGAUGAUGAUUUCUGGUGGUGGCAAAUAGCAAAAACUAUAUACACAAGUAAAAGAUAUCAUUCAUAGACUACAUGCUUCCUUGAUGAGCGAAGCGGAGAACAGCAGUCUGACUGUUUAUUUUGCUGCCUCUCAGGAAAUCACUGUCUUCAGAAACCACUACUGCCAUAAUUUCAACAACUGCUUGUCUUCACCAACCUUCUUUCGUGGCUCUGACUAUGAUCAGUUGCAGUGUUUCUCCAUAUUACUGUUCAUUUUGCAUGACUGUACAUACCAUCCAAAGUUCAACACAAAUUCAUAAGGAAAAAGGUUAACACAGAUGUAUUUGUUUGUUUUUAUUUUACUUUUGAACUUCUGAAUUUAUAGAAAAGAGUAAGAACAAAAUGAGGCUUGAUUAAAAAAUAAAUAUUAACCAACAUAUACAUGCCAGAUGACUCUUCAACCAAAAUCAAAUAAUGUGUUCGUGUUAUG